UAGCAACAGUGACUUAACACAAAGACAAAAUCCAGCACAGACAUGGCAGCUAAACAGACUGAGGCAUCUAAAAAGUCCAGCAGCUCAAAGAUCCGAGCUGUGGCACAUGUUCUGGCCACAUACCAUUUGGUACUAAGCAUUAUUCUUUUAAUCGAAUAUUCUGUUGAACUGGCCAGAAGAAAGAGCUGCUGCCUUGAGAUCAGCAAUUAUAUUCGCCUUGAUAUAAUUUCAAGUUAUCUUCUGCUUGUGGUCUUACUUCUGAUCAGCAGUACUUUUUUAUAUGGUGUUAUAGUGAAUCGAAGAUCUUUGGUUAUUCCAUUUUUGGCUUUGCAGACAAUGGAUUUGAUCCUAAGUUUUCUCAUGUUCUGUAGUUUUUACAGCGAUAUGCCUUCCAGCCAAACAUCUAUCACUGAUGACAACCUGGUAAUUCUCGAUCAUGACACUCCAGUUGCAGUACAGAAAGUUUGUGAAAUGUGUCUUAGGCUGAUGACUUUUUGUAGUUGCUUUGUUGAAGUGCCAACCUACCUUGAUCUCAAGACUAUAAGCUACAUGAAUUAUAUUUUGGCGAACAAAGUCCCCUCUCAGAAAUAUACCACCAGACUGAUCAUCUUCACUUUGCUCCACGCUGCUGUGAUUUUGUACAAGGCACUUAUGAUAUCCUGUGUCUGGAAAGUCUUCACGUCUCUGAAUCCUCCAACAAAGAAGAAAGAUGUGCCUCAACAACAAGAUUUCAAAAAGGUAGCACUACCAUCCUAUGAGGAGGCUGUUAAAACAACAUCAAAAGAUAUGCCACCUCCAUAUUCCACUGUCUAAACCACAAGCCCAUAAAAGAAACCAGCUUCUGUCCACAGUAAUGAGACAUUCUUCCUGCCUCCAAGUGAUGGAGACCAAAGGGAACAUAGUACAUAGUUUCCAAGGCAAAGCAACAAAGACCAAAAAGAACUACAGUGCAUAGAGGCUGUCUCGCUAUACAAAGCAAUGCUAGUAAACAUGUUUUCAUAAAAUCAUUUUUGCAGACAGACUGUCUUUAGAAUUUCAGGAUUACAGUAGAACAACUAAAAAUGAAUUUUAACUCUUCCUAAUACUAUGCAAAAGAUCUAUUGAAACGAGCUGUGCUUUUAUAUGCAAUAAAAUGUGCUCAAUAUAAA